CACACAACAGCCCUUGGAGUGCACGAUUCCAGUGCCGAAAUCUAUCAGCACAUCUGCUCCAGGUUAAGGCAGUACAACUGCAACCACGAAAAUAACCCCCACCCGGCUUCCCCUCAGCCUCCCCAAAUUCCUGGGUAAUAAUAACACGUUGAACCGCCUUCCCUGGGAGCCCUGCGCAACAAAUGGAUGAGUGGAGUUUGCAAAUUAAGCUGCAGUGCUGUGACCCAGAUCUGAUAGGAGUUUCCUUUACAUCAUCCUCAACACUUCCGUUGCCAUAACAAAAGGCGAUUCCACUUUCUGUGCAGCGCAGCGUUGCUCACAGGGAAACAAACCUCCGUUCUCUCCAUAACAAUCCUCUGAUGAAUAAACGGUAUGAAUAAUUUGAUAUAAAUGAUGGUGGUGACAUAGCAGAGGACGCAGUAUAUUUUACACAAAAGUGACCUCUUGGAGAUGUUGGACUUAACACAAAGAACGGCCCCUGUGCUGCGGGGGAGUGAAAGGCGCUGGGGACGGCACAGCUGACAUCGCCAAACACAGCUGGAGCUCUCAGCAAUACAUGGCUUUACAAGAUCCUUCACGUUUGCAGGAUGGAAUAAUAAGGAGUGGUUUUAUAAGUUAUAUUAAGAAUUGCUGACGGGAGCACUUGAACAGUGGAGAGAGGAGAGGAGGGUGAGCUGGUAGCUGGUGAGGGCAGGAGGUGCCCCGUGUGCCACCCACAGCCCCCGUGUGCCACAGCCUGCAAGGACAAACCCAGGCUGAGAGAUCCCUCAUUUCUUGCUCAGUGGAGGUUUUCUGUGCUGCGAUUUGGAGAAGGCUCCGAUGCACAGCCGGUGGCUGGGAAAAUCAGCAUCGCAUUCAUGGAAAAUGUGAGGCUGUGCUGACAGCGGUGGAAAUGCUGCGUGCUGCUGGCUCUGCCCCGAGCUGCUGCCUCUCAUUCUGUAGCAGGAACACGAGCUCAGCCCAGGGCAGGAUUCAGCUCACCAGGAGUUCUCUCUUCACACCUGCUGGUUUGCAGCUGAGCUGCUGGAACAGAGCAGGAAUUUGAACCCUGUUAGGAGCAUCUGAGUCCCAAAGUCAGAUCAGUCAGGCCCUAAAGGCACCACGUGGGGCAGGGCAGGUGCUGCCUGUACCUCCCUCACAGCUCUAAAAUCCCUCCCCUGUGUUCCAGUCCUACGUGUUCACGGUUCAGAGCAGUGGAAGCAAAGAGUGCUUUCUCCCAGGAGAUACCUAUUGCACAACGAGCAGCUUUAAAACCAAACUGUUACCCCACAGGGAAGGGAGCAAAUGAGAUGUUAACAAGCUGUGACAAACCUCUGGCAUGAGAAUUUUCAAGCAAGCUGUUCUGCAUCUAAAGCAAUCACUAAAGAUCACACAGCAUCUGAAAACUGAAGGAUAGAGCAGUGAAUAACCUCUCCCUGCUCCACUCCAGAGACCCAUCCGUAGGAAGCAGGGCUGUGAUUUGCACACUAUCUGCACCUGAUUAUGGCUAAUUUUUUGCAUACAGAGCAUGGAAAGGAUCCUGGUUGAGGCAUGGAAAAUACGUGGCUGCAUGAGUCAUGUUGUAAUGGUUCAUAAAUCCUGAGAGAAUCACAAAAGCAAAACAUCCAACAUUGCAUCUUCCCUAUCCCUGCCAGCGGAACCCCACCUCUCGACACAGGGAUGUGGGAAUACGGUGAAAGCAAAGGAAAUAGGAUCAUUUUCUCCUUGGAAUAGAGGAAUCUCAUCAAACAGCAGCCAGGCUCAGAUUUGCAGUCUUCACAGAAGAGGCCAUUCAUGAGGCGAAGAAACAGGAAUGAACUGCUCCUCGGGAUGCCAAACCAAAUUUACAAUUCCUACCGCCUGGGCUCCAGCUCCAUCCUUACCUCAUGGAGAGGCAGCCCCAGCACCCCACGCUGUGCCCUCAUUGCUGGAAAGGGCCCAGAGAGGCAACGGGAGAGGACUGGGACUUUCCCAACGUGUGAGAGCACAGAACGGCCUCACACUCCCAAAGAGUUGGAGAAGGAGGGACCGUGUAGCUCUCCAGAGCCAUCAGGGUUGGAACACCAGAGCGGUGGGGCUGGAACUGGGUGAUCUUUGCAGUCCCUUCUCACUUAGCCAUCCUGUGAUUCUACAGCUCUGUGCAGGUUGUGGCAAAUGGAGCGCCUGCUCUCCUGGGGGAUGUUGGGUAGAGGUUGAGCAUCUCUGGAAAAACACACAGCUCUGCGUGGGCACGAGUAGCUGCAGUUCACUGUUAUCUGCCCAAGCACAGAGAACUCGGGCAGAUAACAGUCCCCAGCCCACGUCAGCCCCUCUCCUAUAGGAGGGCUCAGCUCGCUCUGCCUAUCGGCGGAAGCUGCACAUCUCCGUCAGGCCGGGACCUCACCACUUAUCUGUGUGCGUCACAGCACCGGGUGCUGCUUCCUUCAGAUGGCCUUUAAUUAACCUCUGCAGCAAGAGCAAGGAGGAAGGGAAGCAGGAUUAGAAAUAAAGAAACAGAACUAUGGUGGGCUGAACCCAACACAGGGACUGCGGGGCAGAAACCAAACCCUGAACUGUCCCCAAGGCCAUGGGAGAGCCCUGCACAGCCCCAGGAGCCAGGGAGGCUGCGGCCCUCCAGCACUCCAUGGCAGUGAGUGGGGAUGAAAUCUUCAAGGGCAUUGAAGCAGUGUGGGAAAGGACCUCAAGCACUGCACAGUGCUGCUCAGAUCCUUCUCAAGCAGAAGGAUGCCAUCGGACAUGGAGGCCAUAGGAGUUUCAAUGCCGUUUACACACUAAAUCAAAUUCAAAGUGCGUCAAAUGUGACUGGGUGUUAUUUUCAAGAACAGCCCAGAGCAGGGAGGAGACCCAAAUGAGUCACUCAAGCUCUGACAAACAAUCCCUAUGGGUCUGGAUGUGUGCAUCCCCCCAACCUCCCAGCUGACACUGCAGCUACGUCUCUGCUCGGACCACACUGGCUCUAGGAAUGCCGUGACAGGAUGAGCCCGCUGCUUCCGAGUGUUAAGGACUGCGAGGAGGAAACGCACAAGCACAGUCACUCACACAGCCUUUCCCAGCUGCCUCCCAGCAGUGCAGCUCCUGCAGCAGCAUGGGGACCUCCAGGAGUGGGCAGUUGGCACCCCGGCUCGCGCUGUGCUGUGCUGCAUGGGGAAUGGGCCUGGCAGCGCCAGAUUACGAUGAUUACUCUCAGAACAGCACCAGCGAGCAGAUAACGACAGCAGAGAUGACACCAUGCCCCCGAGCCAUCCCCGGGGAAAAGGCCACGAUAGACAACACGACAUACCUGCUGCUGCACGAGGCUGCUCGCUCUCAGCUGAGCAGUGGGGUCACAGUGCUGCUCAUCCCCUCCCUCUACAGCCUGGUCUUCCUGCUGGGGCUGCCCUCCAACGGGCUGGCCCUCUGGGUUUUGGCUACCAGGACUGAGAAGCUGACCUCCACCAUCUUCCUGAUGAACCUGGCUGCAGCGGACCUGCUGCUCAUAACCGUGCUGCCCUUCAAGAUAUUCUACUAUUUCCUUGGGAACAACUGGCCCUUUGGGGAAGGUCUGUGCCGGGUCACCACAGCUUUCUUCUAUGGGAACAUGUACUGCUCAGUGCUGCUGCUCACGUGCAUCAGUGUGGACCGGUACCUGGCAGUGGUGCAUCCUUUCUUCUCGCGCUCUUUCCGCACCCCUGCCUUCGCUGCCUGGACCUGUGCUGCUGUCUGGCUCUGCGCUGCUGUCAUCACUCUGCCCCUGACUCUGCAGCAGCAGUCGUACCCCCUGUACAGAGCAGACAUCACUCUGUGCCACGAUGUUCUCCCUAGGGAGGAGGAUGACGGGUAUUACUUCUAUUACUUCGUCUGCCUCAUCGUCUGCGCUUUCCUCGCUCCUCUGGUGGUGAUGCUGUUCAGCUACUGCUCAGUGCUGCAAGCCCUCCUGGGCACUGGGAAGCGGUACUCCCACUCCAUGAAGCUCACCGCCCUCGUGCUGUUCACACUCGUGGCCUUCUACACUCCCAGCAACGUUCUCCUCCUCGUUCAUUACUCCAGCUAUCAGUGCAAGCUGUACGGCAGCUCGUACAUCGGCUACAUGGUGAGUCUGGCCAUCAGCACCUUUAACAGCUGUGCUGACCCCUUUGUCUACUACUACGUAUCGGAAGAUUUCCGGGAGAAGGUGAGGAGCGCAUUCUUCAAUCGCAGCAAAACCCCCUCCUUACAAACCUCCAAAGAAACACUUCCUCAGAAAAGCUCCAAGGAGUCACUGGUGUAAGUCUCCAUCCCAGCUCCCUGCCCCGAGGCGCUCCCAGCACACCGUGGGAUAGGGCAAAGCACUGGGACUUCACGAGUUUCAUCCAGAGCAGUGAGGAGCAGUUCCCAGCAGACAAGUCUCAGGAAGAAAGAAUCACGUUCUGUCUGCGCAGCUAAGAGCAAAUCAACCCAGGCCACAGCAUUCCUUAAAGGAUGUUGAGUCCCAGUGACUCAACAUGUGAGAUGUGGAGUGCUGAAAUACAGAUCUGUGACUGGGACCCUGCAUGCAACUUCUCAUCUGGUUGCACACUGCCAGGGAUGCUUUUGUUAUACACCCAGGUCUGCUUUUAAUGCAUGCUGUGAGCUGGCUGCUAUCUGCCUUCUAUUCAUUUUUCUGGCUUCCUUGCUGUCCUUGAACACAUAUUCUUUUUACCUAAAACUGAAGGAGAACAGGCACUUGCAUAACCAAAUUUCUAAACAUUUCAAAAAUAUCAGGAGGCACUUCCAUAAAAGGCAUCCAUCACCUGAACUAAAAUACUCUGUCCACAGAGCACCAGCUUUUCUAGCUAUUACUUUCUUAACCAAGAAUCACC